UGUGCUUUGUCGUUCGGCCAUUGAGUGAGUGAAUACAUUUUUUCUGUGAAGUGUUAAUUUUUAGAUUUUUUUCUGGAAAAAUAUCACAAUUGGUGCAUAUAUUUUGCACGAAAAACAAAAAUAAAUGUGUUAUUAUACUUUAUCUAAAUGUUACGUCCUCAUUUGAGAUCUCCUAUUGCAUAAUUUGUGGAGUUUUUGAGGCGGUAAAUGUGUAAAGUAAUUUCUGUGAACGAAGAAGAAAAAUUCAUUUCCAUUUUUUCUGUGAAGUGUGUGCGAGCGUGUGUAUGUGUAUGUUUCGAAAUACUCGUGGCUUCAUGGCAAACUGAAAAUAUUUCGGAAAUUUCUUAAAAUUCGUGGAGUAAGCAUCGUCUUUUCUACCAAAUAAAAAUCCUUUAGAAAAAAUUACACUGAAUAUUGUGUCGAAAAAAUCCGUCAAAUUGGUGAAAAUAUUUGUCAUUGCUUUGACAAAGAAAACAAAAAACCAUAUCUGACUGACUUGGGAUACAAAUGUAGUGUAGUGCUAAGUGGCGUCGACGCAAAAAUUUAGUUGCAGCAGAAGUAGAAGCAGCAGCUUCAAAGAAAAGAAAGCGGCAGACACUGCAGUGUGAAAAAGCAGCAGCAAAAACGCGAAUUAAACGUCGUAAUAGUAGACGACCGCCAGCAUACCUGUACUUUUGAACGUAUGCCUGCCAAUAUUAUUGAAUAUUACACAUAGGAAAAAAUAUUGAAAAUACAUAUGAAAACAAAAAACUAAUAAUACAAAAACAAACGAAAAUUGUAUUCAAAGUUAUGUUUUAAAUGUUGGCGAUUAACCGGUCCAAUUGCUCUUAAUUUUCCUUCCCCGAAAUAUUCUGCGUUGGUAGCAUCUCUUUUGUUUACUUUCCGGUAAGCUAUUCCCAAAUUUAUUUCGGUACUACAAGCACCAUGAGUGGCAUACCAAGCCCUUCACCUGCUCGAAUUAAUGGUGGCGACAGGGAUAAGGAUUCCAUGUGGUAUUUUUCAUCCGAAGAAUUAGCCAAUUCUCCAAGCCGUAAAGCUGGAAUUUCACCAGAUCAAGAACUGUCCUACCGUCAGAUGACAGCGUAUCUUAUACAGGAAAUGGGUCAAAGACUUCAAGUCUCUCAAUUAUGCAUUAACACUGCCAUUGUGUAUAUGCAUCGUUUUUAUGCAUUUCAUUCUUUUACACAUUUUCAUCGGAACGGCAUUGCGGCAGCCAGUCUCUUUUUGGCCGCCAAGGUCGAAGAGCAACCACGCAAGUUGGAACAUGUUAUAAAGGCAGCAAAUAAGUGCCUCAAUCAGCCAACUACCUCCACCACAGAUACCUACUACCUUGAGCAGGCCCAAGAUUUGGUAUUCAAUGAAAAUGUUUUACUACAGACAUUAGGCUUCGACGUUGCCAUCGAUCAUCCACACACUCAUGUUGUCAAAACAUGUCAAUUGGUUAAGGCUUGCAAGGAUUUGGCGCAAACUUCCUACUUCUUGGCCUCCAACAGUCUGCAUUUGACAUCGAUGUGCCUGCAAUAUAAACCAUCGGUUGUGGCAUGUUUUUGCAUUUAUUUGGCUUGUAAAUGGUCCCGUUGGGAGAUUCCCCAAUCCACAGAGGGAAAACACUGGUUCCAUUAUGUGGAUGAGACGGUGACGAUGGAUCUAUUAAAAAAAUUAACCGAUGAAUUUAUUGCCAUUUAUGAAAAGAGUCCGGCUCGCCUUAAAUCGAAAUUGAAUUCAAUUAAAGCACUGGCUCAAGGAGCCAGUAAUCGCCAGGGACAAGUUAAAGAUAAAAAGGCCGAUCAAGAUUGGAAGGUAUCGGACAUGAUGAAUAUGAAAAUGUAUCAUCCAGCAGAGACGGGAGUGAAUACAGGUAGCCAGUCCCAAUCAUCUUCGUCCCAGUACUCGAGUCAAGGAUCGGUCGCAGGCGAAGCGAUGUCGCAACAACAAAGUGGAAGUAUAUCACAACCCAUGUUACCACCACCGCCUCAUCAACCCCAACAAAUGCGCAAACCCGAUUUACAUUCAUCCAGUCAACACCGUUCUCACCACAGUUCUUCAUCAUCCUCGUCUUCACAUCAUCCCGCCAAAAUCGGCUAUUCACCUGGCGAUGUACCUGACCACAAGCUUAGUUCGGGCCACAGCAAGCAGCAGCAACAAUCCGCACAGCCUUAUGGUGGCAGCAAUAUGGUCCCUAAUAGACCUCCCCGUGAACACACCUCAGCGAUGAUGGCACCCUCAUCCAAUAAAUCAUCCAGCUCCUCUUCUAGGUCAUCGAUGUCAAACAGCCUGCCAGGUGGUCCACCCCUAAGGCAGCCUUCAUCACAGGGUCAUCCCAUGGAGGUUAAUUACCACAAGUCAAGAGAACGUAACAUUUCAGUGCCUCCACCGUCAUCGGGACACAAUAUGCCGCCGCAUGUUAUCCCCCAUAAAUUGCCUCUAAAACAAGACGGUAGCCGUUCAAUGUCCUCCAAAGAUCAUUCAGGUCGCUUGGUUGCAGAUCAAGCUAAUAAACAAAGUAACAGCAACAGCAGCAGUAACAAAAUGUUUCCAUCUUCAGUGUCUUCACAAUACGGCGGAAACAAUUUACAAAUACCACCAGGAAACAAUAGUAGCAGUCAAUUAUCGUCUAAACUUGAUACAGUGCAUGAUAUAACGCGUAACUUAAUGCAUACUUCGCGAGGUGGUUAUAACAACCCUCCUCCGUCUGCAACAAACGGUCCUGGAGCUCCACUACUCAACUUUCAUCAACAGCAGGGAUCACGCCACAGCAGUAGUAAUAGCAGCAAUAACAAUAAUAAUAGCAGUCUUAAGCAUGAACAAUCCAAACAACAAAAUUCCGUCCAUAUGCAACAGCAGUCACAAACUGCGGCCCACCACCACAAACAGAUACAACCACUACCUACAGACCAAUCGUAUGGCAGUUUAGGUGGAGCUCAUGAUCUGCAACAACAGUCACAUGUCGCCUCCUCUCUUAUUAGCAAUAAUUAUAGUAAAAUUGAACCUCUACAUCAUUCCGAAGAACCGCCACAACAUCCUCCAAAUCAAUACCAUCAACAACAACAAGCUCAAAAUCAUGCACCCAAAACGGUCAAUUCAUUGUUUAGUCCUGAAUGGAAUGAUAAGCUGCAAGGGCAACAACAGGAGCAACAAAUGGUCCAACAGGUGCAACCACCAUCGGUACAGGGAGGUCUUAACAACUACAUAAAUAGUUCCAGCAAUUUGACACAAAAUCCUGAGGCUUAUGCAGCCAGCGGCUAUAAAAUACCUUCUAGCUCCAUAAGUAAUAAGGAAAGUAGUCCUCCCAAGAUAAAAAGCGAACGAGACACUCCUUCCAAGAAGGAAAAGAAUCGCUCUAAUUCGUCUAAUCAAGAUAACGGACGGUCGGCUAGUAGUCAUGCCUCAACGCAGCAACAGCAACAAAUUCCUAAAACUACAAUCCCCAAAAAACUUGAUUCGUCAUUAUCAAACUCAUUAACAGGCCUUAACGAACUUGCUGGUACAAGUAAUAUGGGUACGAUUGGCGGUAUUAAACGACCCAAUGAAACGGUCACCAUUAAGCAAGAAGACGAUUUAUUAAUGCGUGAUAGCAAAAUACGAAAAAUUGAUACGACUGCCGGCAACGACAAUGGCAAACAUCAAGUUGUGAAUGGCAUAGAAACCAAUCCAGAUUUGGUACGAAACCUGUUAAAGGAGAGCCUAUGUAACACACCUUCCAUUGUCACACCAAGUUUGCAGCCACCUGCCGAAUUGUUCGAACCCUCUGCCACUACCUCGUCAACAACUCAACAUAACACCUCCAUAACAUCGAUUAGCAAUAAUGUUCUGUCCGGCAAUUCCGAUGUUUCCGCCAUGGAGACUGAUGAUCAUGGCACAUCGGGUAGUAAGUCGGAAAAGAAGAAGAAAAAGGACAAGCAUAAACACAAAGAAAAAGACAAAUCGAAAGAUCGGGAAGAAAGAAAGAAACACAAAAAAGAUAAAGACCGCCAUAAAGAUAAGGAGCGCGACCGGGACAACAACGACAAUGGAAACUCAAAUGCCGCUGGAGCUGCCGAACAUGUUAAAAUAAAAAUAUCCAAAGAAAAGCUGGAGGCUGCUGGAGAACCGAUUGGGUUUAAAAUAAAAAUACCUAAAGAUCGUAUAAUGGGAGAUCUUAAUUCAGGUUCUUCCGGCCAAACAAAUACAGAUUCAGCUACAUCGCAUGCUCCUCCGGUUUUAAAAAUCAAAAUAUCCAAGGAUAAACUGGAGAGCUAUAGUAGUGGCUCAACAGACAUAGGAGGCGGUUUGGCAGCGACAACGCAUCCAUCAUAUGCCCACAAUCAAUCUAUGGCAUAUUCUUCUUACGGCGCCGCAGGGUCACACUCCAACCUCUCAACAACGACGCAUAGUAGCAGUAGCAAGAAAAAAGAUCGCGACCGCGAAAAGGACCGUGAGAGAGACAAGGAUAAAAAACGCAAUCACGAUUCUUCGUCGAAAUCAAACGGUGGUGGUAGCAGCGGUUUAAUGACUGCCGGAGUUAUUGCUUCAAAUGCAACAAAUGGUUCAAUUGCUGGACAAAACCACUCUAACUCUAAUAACAGUGGCAGUAGUACAACACAAAAAGCGCAAUAUUCCAGCAAGAUACAUCAUCAAAGUAGUAUGAGCCUACUAUUUGGAGAAUCGAAUGAAUCGAAUGAUGACGAUGAUGAUUAUAAUGAUGACUACUAGAAUUUUAUUAAAAAGCUUCUAAACUCACUCAUUUACUCCUCCUCCUACUUCUGCCCGUUGUUAGCUGACAUACAUACAUAUUAAAUAUACAACUACUAUAUAUACAUACAUAUAACAUUUUUGUAUAUAUCAUUAAAAACAAAAAUGAAAAGGAACAGAACAGAAAUGCGUUCUACAUUUUUAGAUUUUUUAUUUGUUUUUUUUAGUUUAUUUUCUUUAAAAACUAAAUGACCAUGAAAAAGUUCAAUAUUUUUUUUUAAGAAGAAUAUACAUUUAUCAAACCAACCCACAGUUUUUUUAUACAAAGACGUUAAAAUUUAAUAAUUAAAAAUCAUAACGUCGAAUAAUUUAGUUAAAUUGUUUUAUUUUAUAUUUAUAUGGCAAUAAAUUUUUACAUUUUUAAAUAGUAUUUAUUAGUAAUUGGAAAUAAAAUUAUUUGUUUUCGUUAAACAUUAUAAAUGUUGAGAAUCAAAUAUAGAAAAAAAAAAACAAAAAGUAUGUGUAAUUUUUUAUUUUUCUUCAAAUUGAAUUGAUAUGCUUUCAAAAAACUGUGAAUAAAAAAAACAUAUUAAUAUAUAUUUUAUUUAUAUAAAAAGCAUAAAUAAAAAUGAUGUAGAUGAAAAUUUUAUUCAGUAAAAAAAUCAGUUUCGGUAAUAAUUUCAAUUUGAAAUAUAAAAAACUGACGAAUUGGAAAUGAACUGACUGUAAGUUGUUUAUAAUUAAUAAAAAGUAAUUCAUUAGCUUUGGAGUAUACCGACGAAAAAUAUUGUUAGGUAAUUCCAGAACCUUAAAACUUUUGAGUAACAGUUUUCAAAAAAUUUAGAUUUAUUUAAUUAAAAUUGUAUUGUAAGUGGCAUUAAUUGUUUUUAGGUGUUUCAAAAUCCAUUAAAAUACAUAGACAUUCGAGUGUGUUUUUGAUUUCAAGAACUUCUAAAAUUUGUGUAGCAAUUAAAGAAAAAAAUAAUGAAUUGCAGUUUUAUAGAACCUAUUUUAUUUAUUAAAAAUAAAAUCAAAAUAAAUAAAAUAUGAUUCUGAUAUGUUUUGUGCCAAUCUGAUUCUCUUAAUGACAUAAAAAUCCUAAGGAAGAUAUUCAUAUUUAUAAAAUUCAAGUGAAAUAAUUUUGUUUGAUUCAAAAGAUAAAUAAUAGAUUUGCACAAACACAAUCAUAACCAAACCAAAGAUCUUUUCACAAAUUUUCUUAAAGAAGUGAGAACAGCCUAUUAAACGCUAUAAUUUUAAAAAGUUUAUAUUUUAGCUAUAAGCUAGCAAUUAUAGCUAAAAUUCGACUGUUUUCUUGCUUGUCCAGGUGUUUGUUAUAGGCGAUCAUUGCCUGUUCCGAAAUAUAUAAUUUUAAUUUAUGCAACAAUGUUAAUUAAUUUAUAUCUGUGAGGAUCCAAGUUCAGAUAUGUAGUUUUAUUACAAAUGGAUAUCUUGUUUAUAUUUUUCUACAAUUAAGCCAAUUCCUCAAAUUAGAAAUGUUGUUGUCGUACACGAAAACGUUUUACAUUUACUCUUUUCAACAAAGAUAUUAUAAAUUACAGAUGAAUUUCCAUAUGUCAUUUUCGAUAUUCGAAAUAGCUAUUUAACAAAACGCCUCAUUUUCCAAUAAUUGCAGAAAAUUAGUUUCAACCAUUCAUGUAUGUGUAUUUAACAAUGAAUAUAUCUCGCUGCAUAAAUAUUUAAGCUGUACAUACAUAUAAAAUUUAUUGUCCGUUAAUUUUCCUUUAGGUGGCGAUAUGAUAAUAUAAUAAAUAUAACGAUCAAUAGAGUGAAAUGGUAUUAUUAUAUACUAAAGGGAGUUUACUUAUUUAUUUAUUAGUAUUUUUAUUUGCUGAAUGUCUGCAUCAAUUAUAUUUUGAUGUGAUCCAAGAAAAAAUAGAAUGUAUGUAUAUCAAUUCAAUUUAUAUACUUAAUUUAAUAUCACAUGCAUUUAAAUUAAGUCCAGCAGCAUUUGUAUUGUUUUAAUGUUUCUAACAAAUCUUUCAUGUUCAUCUACUGUAAUCAAUUUGAGAUAAUUGACAUAAAAUCUUUGUCAAUUAUUGUUGCUGGAUCAUGUUGCUGUGCAUAUUUGUUUAUAAUUUGAAUUUUAAGUAAAUAUACAAUUUACUUUUUGUUUUGCAACAAUUUUUAACAUUUAAUGUAUUAACUUAUCAUUUCAACAACCAACGAAUUUCUCAUACUUUAUAUUUUCGCUUACAAUCAACAAUAAUUAAUUAAAAUAAAAAAUAAAUGUCAUCGCUUGAGUAAAACUUUCUGUUUAAUUGAAAUUUUUACUUAAUUGUAUUUGCAGUUUUAAGUGUAACAGUUUUGAAAAGGAUUAAAAACUUGUUUCUCGAACAGCUCUCUUUCUCUCUAUCUCAGUCACUAACUAUUAUUCACACACGAACACACUCAGUGAGUGUCCUUGAUAUAUAAAUAGAAACUACUACUACUACUAUGACUACUAUAUGUAGAGAAAAUCAAAUAUAAGAGAGAAAGAUUUCCGUAUCCAAACACUAGCUAAGCGCCGAUGAACCAAAUUAACGCCAGAGAUUAAACAUGCAUAAAUGUUAUAAGAAGUAACGGUAUCCACUAUAUAUAUUCGUAUAACGGAAUGUAUAUAUAAAUACAUACUCGUGAAUACUACAUACAUACAUACAUACAUGCUAAAAUAAAUAUUUAUAUAUACAUAUUUAUUUAAUAAUAAUAUUUUAAAGGAAUACAAAUACUUUUAAGCAAAAACAAACAAACAAACAUACAAAUGUUAAAAAUUACAUUUUACAUACUUAAGUAAAUUUACUAUUGAAAUUGUUAAACAUGAUAAUGAUACAAGAAAAAUAAAUAAAUAAAAGCAAAAACAGAAAGAAGUCUUUGUUAAAUAAAUUAGUAGCCAUUAAUGAAAAUAUUAAAUGGUAAAAACAAAAAUUUGAAACGUUGAAUGUAUUUGUAUUUGUUGCACACACAAAGUUAAUGUUAAAUCUUUUUUAUUUUCAACAUCGGGUUUAGAAAAAAAACUUAAUCUAAGCCACAAUCAAAAACUUACUUAAGCACAGAAUAUUAAAAGUGCAAAAAAUAUUAAAAAAGUUUAAAUAACAUAAGAAACAACAAAUAAAAUCUUAAAAAAAAAAAUAAUAUACAAAAUAAAAACAAAAAAGUCAUAAGAAAAAAGUUUAAAUAAAUUUAAAGAAAUAUAAAAGGGAGAAACAAAAACAAUUACUUUUGAUUUCUGUAGCGGUAGUUUCAAAAAUGGAAUUUAACUAAUAAAUCCAUAGUUGUUUGGAAAGAUCACGCGAUUAGUUUAGAUAAUAAACUUAAUAAAUUGUUUCUCCUUUAUUGUAAUACAAUCCUUUUUUUUAAUCAACAUGGCUACUUUGACCGUUAUAUAACCUUCGUCAAAAUAGGUAUAAAAUAAAUGAGCCUAAAUGUUAUCUGGACAGAUCACAUUGCGUAGCAAAAUGUCAAAUACAGUUAAAACGAAAUUGUUUACACACUUAAUACGAAACUAAUAUU